AUGUUAACGUGUCAGACGACAGGUGACGGUCCAGACGAUCUCUUCAAUGAAGAUCUGUUUCCUAAAACGGACUCAUCUGAUGGAUUUGCUUCAGACCCGUUCAAAGGCAGUGAUCCUUUCGCAAAGGACGUUUUCUUUCCCAGCGCUAAUGGGGAAGCGGAAAACGCCUGCGAUGAGGCAGACACCAGCUUGUCAUGUGCUGAAAACAAAGCUUCAACUGGAACCCAGUGCUUUGAGUCUGAAUUCCCAGAUGAAGACAGUGACAUAGAAAUCAGCUACAGCAGAGAAGACCUGGACGCCAUCGCUGUGGGAGACGAUUCCAGUGGUUUUAAACCCAUCCAGAGCUCAUCAGAGGAGCUCAUGCCAGAGCCGGUGAAGGACAGGAGGUGUCCAGGUCAGUGUUCUGUAGAAUCCGACCCAAGUGGCUACGAACUGGACCUCUGUCCCGUCUCUUCACCCUCUAAGAUGGAUGAACACCAACAUGGACCUGGAGCUGAGGAGGCUUCAGUUGAAGACGCAGCAGAUCAAGGUUCAAGCUGUGUUUCAGCUCAUCAUCGUCAUCAUCAUCAUCAUCAUCAUCACAGUGACCGCACGAUGCCAGAACCAGAAUGGAUAAGUGACAAAAAGCAACCUGUUCCUCAUGAUCUGACUUCCAUGUUGGUAACAGAAGAGAUUAAAAUCGAUGCAGAGGAAGCCAGAAAUGCAGAGUCGCCCCUCAGUACACUGGACCCUUUAAAGCAAGUUAUACUUCAAUCUGAUUCUGAGCAGAAUGAUUUAGAUUUGAGCUACAGCUCAGCCUGUCCUGCGUCCUUUGAUCCUUAUGGGUUUAAACUCAGCCCAGAGAACUCCAGCCAUACCCUGGUAGACCCUGAUGAAGCUGAGCUGAGCCCAGAACAGGCAGAAAAUGCUACCAUCUUCGAUGAUGAACCCACAUCUCCUCCGCCAUAUGAGCUAACUUUUGAUCCCUAUGGGUUUGACAUCACCGCCUGUCAAAUUGUACGUGACUCAGACCCUUAUGGCUUUAAACUCAGCCCCGAUGAGGAGAACCAGGUGGAUUUAGACCUUUGUGAUGAUCAUAACCUGGAGGAAAUGGUUCUCACUACCCAUGAAAACGACGAAGAGUUGGAAAACUUUAACUAUGCAAACCAGGAAGUACUGAAACCUCAGACAUAUGAAAACCAAGAAGUUCUUGAAGAGUAUGACUACACCCUCAAAGAAGUCCCUAAUUAUGAAAGUUUUGGAAACCAAGAGGUGUUGGAGCCAUCUUUGAACAAUGAGCUGCUCACCUCUGAACAAAAGGAACUCACAGAUUACAGUUCUUAUGAAAACCAAGAGGUGGUGGAGACCUGUCCCAUUAUCAACAAGGAGGUGCUACCAGAACCUCUGAGCUAUAACAACCAAGAGUGGGUGGAACCAAAUAACUCUGGCAGUAACGAACUGCAAGAAUUUUCAUAUCCUGAAAACCAGGAAGUUUUGGAUUUAGAUAAUUAUGGAAAUCAAGAGCUUCUGGGAUUUCAUGAAACGGAAAACAAAACAACGCUCAUCUCAGAUGUCCAUCUUGACGAACCACAGGAUCUUGGCGUCACUGAAAAUCAGAAAUUUGAAAAUCUAUGUAGCCAUGACAACCAAGAGACACUAGACCUGUUUAGUCAUGAAAGUGCAGCCGGAGUGAAAAGAUAUCAAGGCAUUGUUGAAACAGACCUAAAUCGCAGUUUGUCCAGUAACAGCUCAGACAGCGAGCUAGCAUCCAACAAUGUACAAAGGCCGGAACCCUGCAGCACAAAUGUGAGUUCUGUCAACAGUAUAAUCGCUGCUUCAACGUAUGCGCUUCAGCAGGCCAUCAGCAGCAGGUCCACCACGCAGGACUCCAGGCCAUCAGAAUCCCCAAACACUCAGAUGCUCUUUGGAGCUGAUCUUGGAGCCGUGUUUGAAGCUGGAGGAUACGUAGCAUGUCCGGAUGUAGCCGAUGACCUGGAGCCUCUGAACAGGUGUCAACAAACGCCCCCCCAAAGAUCCGCACCGGAUCUGGUACAACCGAGAAGACCAGUUAGGCCACCUAGACCAUCUCUUAAGAACAAAGAGAAGGCCACCUCUGGGGGAAUCGACCUGAAGUGAGCUCUGCUGCGUCUGCUUCAUCUUCUACCAAAGCCAAGAAAAACCAGGAAAGAAGAUUGGAGAAAUGAGGAAAAGAUGGUUUAAAGUUCAUUAAUAAGACGUUGGAUGGUGGAGAAGAGGAGGACAUUAUGGAGGAGUUACACAAGUCGAUGCAUCCCAGUUAAUUACUGCUGAUCUGGAUUUACUCAGCUUUAGUCAGAUAAACGGAUAAAGGGAAAUGUAAAAAGCAACCAGAAUCGCUGGAUUAGAUAUGCAGAUAGCAGAAUCUGUAAUUAGCAGCAGUGUCUCAUAGGGAGACGCUGGAGAUCCAGACAUAUAUAUAGACAGAGGAAUAACCUUGUAACUGUGAUUGUCUGAUGAGUCUCAGAGGCUGGAUUAGCAUCCCGCUGGUCUGCGUCUUCAUAGUGUGUCGUGUAGAUUAUAAUCUCCCCCUGAUCCAGGCUCAAUCACUGCUUCUUUCAUCAGAAUUAAAAACUAUUAGGUCAAAUGAUCCGUUUCAUUUCAACCUGAAGCAGGGAAGACAUGGAGGACAUUUCUGCCAGAGAUGUUGGAUAUAAACCCAAACAAUGUGAUUCUGGGAUGAGGACGAUAAUCUUCCUCCUUUCCUGAUCCCGGACGUCUCAUCCCAGUGGUCCUUGUGUCGCCGCUCACACCUCAUGGUGACGUGCAGAGAGACUGGAAAUCCUCUAUUCAGCCAUAUUCACAUGCUCUUCCAGACGCCAGCCUUCCUGACGGGAAAACAAAGCACGA